AAGAAUUUCUAAUUCGACACCUUGGUUUCAUCUUCACUUCUGAACCCUAACCUUUAGUGGGGUGUGCACUACCUCUUCUCCCUCCAACCUUCUCUCUCUAGGUCACAGGAUAUUUAUUUGCUGCAAUAGGAGUUCACAAUGUGUGUCAUGCUGGGCUGAUUUUCUGUUCUGAGAGAUAGCUACCCUAAAAGUCAAGAAUGAGCUUGCUUUUCAGAAUAAGGCAUUAUUUACCCAAUGGUUUAUGUAGACAACCUCUUCAUCCGACGGUAGUACGGCUUAAUGCUAGUAAUUUAAAUGUAUUUUCAAGAAAUUUUGGUCAACCUGCAAGGAAAGAAGAGGAAGAGGAUGUAGAGGAAGUGGAAAUUGACCAAAGAAGUCUCCCAGCUGAUUUUGAUCCUGCAACAUUUGAUCCCAAUGACCACCGAGGCCCCCCAUCAGAGAGAGUUUUCAGGCUUGUUGAUGAAAUGGCAUCUCUUUCUGUAGCUGAAGCUGCAGAAUUGGGUCUCCUUCUGAUGAAGAAAAUGGGGGUGAAGGAGAUGCCUAAUGUGGGUUUUAUGAAAGCAGGAACUGCAAAUUUGGCUGGAAUGGCAGCAAAAGCACCAACAGCAGCCAAGGAGGAGCAAAAGCCAGAAAAAACUGUAUUUGAAUUGAAACUGGAGUCGUAUGAAGCGGCUUCCAAAAUUAAAAUCAUCAAGGAGGUUAGAGGUUUUACUGAUUUAGGUUUGAAGGAGGCAAAGGAUUUAGUGGAAAAAACACCUUCUAUUAUAAAGAAAGGAGUUUCAAAGGAAGAAGGAGAACAAAUAAUAGAGAAAUUGAAAGCUCUUGGUGCAAAAGUUGUUAUGGAAUGAAGUGACUCAUGUUGUUUCUUCCAAUAUUCAAUUUUUUCCCAAGUUUAACUGUCUGAACUUUAGAAAAUUUCAUAUUUUUGGCCGAGGUACUGCAAAUUUUGCUAUUGUUAUUCCUCAUUUACCUCAUAAUAGAAUAAGAGUAGUAUUCCUACUUACAGUAUUAAUUUGCAAACGCAUUCAUUAACUUGAUUUUCUACAAGCAAAUUAGUGUUUUCGAGACCUGCUCUUGUAUCAGUUGAAUUUUGUUGCGGUUACCAGCCACUGAUGCAUUCAAUAUUUGAACCAGUGAACCUUAAUACUAGGACCAUAAGGAGAAGCAUCCACCAAGGAAAUGAACUUCAUCUUUUGAAUUGGAUUUAGCUAGCUUUUUUAAUCUUUUAAAUGAAGUAACUCAUGUUCACAUUCAGCAUGGUGAUAUGGAACCUGAGGAUCUUGACAGCUUACAUUCGAACUAACGAAAUAUGAGUGAUAUAGGUGAGUAAUUCCCAAGAUCUCCUCUACUGGUAACGGCUUUUGGAAUUUUUUAAAUCAUGGAAUGUCUGUUUGAGUUUGACCAGGGCAGUGACCUUUCAAUUUCCUAAUUUCCCUUCAGUUCACUGAGUACUGUCUGUUCUAUGCAUUGGCACUAAGUUUAUUCUCUAUGUACUGUUUUAACUUUGUAUGAUGUACUACAAUUGAUGCUUUUAACAAGAGCUAAAUAAACGAAA